AUGGCCAGUCUGAACAAGCUGUCAGACGCUCAUGUUCUCCUUCUUGCCGUUGAACAGACCUCAAAUGGAGAUCUCCAGGCUCUCCAGGUCCUCCUCGCUCGGUUUCCAAACGUGCUCUCGCGAACUAUAGUAUACCGCCUCGUGCUAUCCUUCUACCCCGUCGACUCACCGGACCAGACACCUCUUGUCGAUUUCCUCAAGGGCUUAAAUGGUGGACAGACGGAUUCGGAAAGCCAUCCAAGCAUCAGCGUCAAUCCCUUAAUAUCGUCACUUUCGCAAAACGAUGCCAUUCGACAGUGCCGAAUCCUGAGGCUCCAAUUUAUUCCUGAACACGCUCCUCAAGACACUGAUGACGGUCUAGCCAGCUUCGUAAUUGAAUGGGCCAGACGACUAGAAGGGCUGGGUGGCACGUUACAACCUCUCACGGCGUUUAUUGAACAAUUCGUCACGCUUAGUCCUGAUCUCAAGUCCUGGUACGAGACCAACCUUGUCCCUAUACUUCGACUUCAAUAUGACUUCUACCCGGAAUCGGACGAUGUUAUACGACUCCAAGACCUCGAGAAUAUGACAGUCCAAGAAGGUGUGAGCUCACUUCUUCAGUGUGCCAGAAGAACACGUAAUGCAUUCGACAUUGCAAGAGACCUGAAUCAUGUUGUCGCACCCUGGGUGGCAGGAGCCAGCCAAACAAAAAGAAGGCGGAUCGAUCAUACAACUGAGGACUCAGAUCAGGAGGAACAACCAUGGGAGUACGUGAACGAGUGGUUGAUCAAUGAAGGCCUGAAGGAUUUUGCGGUUGCAGCAAAGACAUUCGUGGAAUGGAAUGGUCCUCCAGAAGAGCAAGAGGUGCCAGAGUCAAUCGCCAAUUAUGCUCGAGCAGGUCUCGCCAUCAUCUAUAGCUGCCCAGAAAGCUCCCGAGAUACUCUCACGAUAUCUUGGGAUGUUCUGUCGAAGGCUGUUAAGCUUACAGGACUCAUGAUGGCGAAUCUGUCAACAUCCAGACCGAAUGUGUCAUUGGACGAAUCUUUUGUGCGGAAUUUGCAAGAUUUCGACCUGCUCCCUGCUUCCCUCUCCAAAAAGACGAAUCAUUUCACGCACGUUACAGAGUCCUCGACUCACUUUGUGGGAGGCGUGUUAGCUACAGCUUCGCUUCUGACGGAGUUAGGAUUGGCGUCUUCAUUUGGUGAAAUUGCUCGAACGUCCAUCUUCGGCUCAGAGCGGCGACACAAGGACGAACUCCGGCGUAUCCUCCAGCAAAUUCCCCGCCAGACUCGUAAGGAGAUCGACUGGCGCUCUAUGCGUCUUGACCUGCUCUGGUGCCAAUCUUGGUCAUGCAAUCCAGUGACUACGCCUGACCAGGGUCCGGCAUAUCUCCGACAGCUAUCCGUCAAGUACGUUGAAAUGCAAGUCUUGGAUGCUCUUCUCAACGCAGCACAAUAUACUAUUGUUAAAGAGGUCUACAUCAACUCUCACGCAUCUCCAUUAGCCACUUCGGACGUCGAGGCUCGCAUAGUUGCUGCUAUUUAUGAUGCUUACGACAAUGCCAGUAAUGGCAACAAGGACCGCGGUGGCAUGAAGAGAUCAAACGAGAUCCUGCGAGCCUUUAGAACAGACUUCCCACAGUCUACCGCCAUGGCUGAUAUUGAGCACUUGAUUAGAGCGACACACAGUCUGUCAUUCUACCACCUGACCUUACAACAUGGCGUGCCUUUCAGACCUGUGGCUAUCCGCGUGCAGAAGGAUCCAUUAACAUUGUUGGAAAAGGUCUUGGAGCAAGAUUCGAAAGCUUAUACCAAGCUGGAUGAUUUGUUGGAGAUUGGAAGGAACCUUGUUCGAGCUCACUUACCGAGUAGGGGAUCGUUGGCACAAGAACUUGACCCUGUCGAACUUCGUGCGUCUGAUGCUGAACAGAGAAUUACCUAUCAUGCUAUCAUGGCCGCCCUUGCCGCCAACGACUUUGACACAGCCUACGCCUAUAUCACGACGCGUUUGUCAUCUUCGACCGCAUCUCCAAUAUCCAAUGUUGCCGAUGAUGUCUCGUGGCGCGCUGCCUAUGCGGCUGGAAAAUUCCGACCCAGCGUAUCCCCGAAGAAUUUGAGCUCACAAAUAGAUAGUCUGGCUCAACGCAUGGAACUUCUCUCUCGAGCUCUAAUGCUAGCCCCUUCAGGGGAAGCAUUGUCUGGUAUUCUGGCCACCUGGCGGCGGUACGAGGAAGAGAUGGAGGGGCUAAAGUCGCAGGCGGUGGAGGAAGAGCGUUCUUUUGAUGCCAGAGCAGAUGCAGCACUCCCUGGGGGUUUCGGACUCGAGGAUCGUGAUGCAGAUAGGGAUGAAACGAAGCGGACGAUGGCGCGUCGGACGUGGCCAGCUUCCCGCGCCGGACCUUCGUACGAAGAAGAAGCACCAAUGGGCUUGUUUGAUGUUGCUAGAGGCGCAGCCACUGCUUUAAGGAAAAGCGCCGCCUUUCCACUUGGUGCUGGAGGUCUGAGAGAUCUGAAAAUCAGGGAAGGGGCUCAAGAAUCGGAGGGUGGUUUUGGAGAGAGUACAUCAUCGGCCUCGGAACUCGAGGGUGGGAGGACAAGGAAACGAGACAUGGUCGCCAACAUGGUCACGAAUAACUUGGUGAGCGGACUAGGAUGGGUGCUCGGUGCACAACCACAGGAUCGAGUGGACCGAGUGGAUCAGGGACACGGAUCUGAGUGA